AUGCCAAAAGUAUAUAAGCCAGAUCCGCGCGGCAAGCGUUAUCAAAAACCUAACAAAUCUGAUUUAGCUAAUGCUGUUGCUGCUGUCAAACUCAAGAAGAUGUCCUACAGAGAAGCUGAGUCAGUUUACGGUAUAAAUUAUUCUGUUAUUUACAGACAUGUUAAAAACCCGGAGAUCAAAACACAAGGAGGCCAAACAUCACUUUCUAAAGAAGAAGAGAAUUUAAUUGUAUCAGGUAUUUUGUUUUGCGCUAAAUGGGGUUAUCCGAUUGGCAGAUUCGAUUUAAGAUUAUUAGUUAAUGGAUAUCUUGAACGCCGGGGAAAAAAGGUUAAAAAGUUUAAAAAUGGUACUAUGCCUGGUCGAGAUUGGGCAGAUAGUUUUCUCACCAGACAUAAAAAUAUUUUAGCCGUUAGAAUGUGUCAGAAUAUAAAACGUUCUCGGGCAGGUGUUACUAGAAGUAAAAUCAAUUCAUAUUUUGAUAACCUUACAAAUUCACUUGAUGGUGUAUCACCAUCUAACAUAUUGAAUUACGAUGAAACAAACUUAACAGAUGACCCCGAUCGUCGAAAAAUUAUAACUAAACGUGGUACAAAAUAUCCAGAAAGGGUAAUGAAUAAUAGUAAAACAUCAAAUUCUGUCAUGUUUGCUGGUACGGCAGAUGGUAUAUUGUUCCCACCUUUUACUGUUUAUAAGGCAAAAACAAUAUCUGACAGUUGGCGCUUAGGUGGUCCAAAAGGAUCAAGAUAUGCAUCAAGCCAAUUUGGAUGGUUUGACAGUUACUCAUUUGAUGACUGGAUUAAAAUUAUUUCUAUACCAUACUUGAAAAAUUUACCUGGGAGAAAGAUAUUAAUAGGUGACAAUUUAUCCAGUCACAUUUCAAUGGAAUCAAUUAAAGCUUUUAAAGAACAUAAUAUUUCAUUUGCUUUUUACCUGUAA